AAUAAUCUCACACUCCCCGAGAGACCAUAAAAUUGGCUGCUCACAACUCUACAGAUCUGAUUAGCCAACCAUUCCACCUUUCAGGGGAGAAUUAGAAACGAAUAGUUGCCAUGGCUCGCGUUUCUCGAGUGGUCCUCUUUGCCGUCGUCGCAGUUCUGGUCGCCUGCGCUGCCGGUGCAGAAGAAGGAUCGGCUGCUACAUUUUACAGUGAGAAUCCGAUUAGACAAGUAGUAACGGACGGUCUGCGUGAACUUGAGACCUCCGUUCUUCAAGCUAUUGGGAACACCCGCCAUGCUCUCUCCUUCGCUCGCUUUGCUCACAGGUAUGCGAAGAGAUACGAGACUGUGGAGGAGAUAAAGCUGAGGUUCGAUAUAUUUAGGGAGAAUUUACGGAUAAUUAAAUCGCACAAUAAGAAAGGACUCUCCUACACUCUGGCUGUUAAUGAGUUUGCUGAUAUGACAUGGGAGGAAUUCCGCAAACACAGACUCGGUGCUGCUCAAAACUGUUCUGCAACUACCAAGGGCAAUCUUAAGCUCACAAACGUUGUCGUCCCUGAAACGAAAGACUGGAGAACGACUGGUAUAGUGAGCCCUGUUAAGGAUCAAGGUCACUGCGGAUCUUGUUGGACAUUCAGCACCACCGGAGCCUUGGAGGCAGCUUAUGCACAGGCUUUUGGGAAGGGAAUUUCACUGUCAGAGCAGCAGCUUGUGGACUGUGCAGGCGCUUUUAACAAUUUUGGCUGCAAUGGUGGCCUGCCAUCACAAGCAUUUCAGUAUAUUAAGUGCAAUGGUGGACUAGAUACAGAGGAAGCAUAUCCAUACACUGGGGUGGAUGGUUUAUGCAAAUACUCAUCCCAAAAUGUUGGUGUGCAUGUCCUCGACUCUGUCAACAUCACCCUGGGUGCCGAAGAUGAACUAAAAUAUGCAGUGGGAACUGUUCGACCAGUAAGUGUGGCUUUUGAGGUUGUAAAAGGUUUCCGAUUUUACGAAGGAGGAGUUUACACUAGCAAUACAUGUGGCAAUGCUCCAAUGGAUGUAAACCAUGCUGUCCUUGCUGUUGGUUAUGGAGUUGAAAAUGGCAUUCCUUAUUGGCUUAUCAAAAACUCAUGGGGAGCUGAAUGGGGUGUUGACGGGUACUUCAAGAUGGAGAUGGGGAAGAACAUGUGUGGUGUGGCGACUUGUGCAUCAUUCCCCAUCGUCGCUUAAUUGUUCCAAAAUGAUGAUAGGCUCUGCCCCUGCAGGAGAACUGAAACCUCUUAUCCAUAAGAUCAUUCUCCGUUCCCCAAGGUGGACUGUUUAUUUAGUGUAAAACUCAUCUUAGUACGGCAUACUCUAGUUUCCUCAAGUAAAUAGGAGCCGUGUCAUGUGAAGAUUGUCCUUCAGGCUCUACGUACAAUAAGAAUCAGUAGAAAAAAGUAAUCACAUUGUUGACUCGUAUAUGCAUGUAUGAGAAAAACUUUCUGGAUAUGUAUCAUUAAUGCUUAAAGAAAAGAAUCAUUAUGUCCUUGGACUCAA